AUGUCGACUUCACCAAAACUUUCAGAAAUUACCAUUCCUAAAACCUCAUUAAUCAUAUCAAAUUUAAACAAGGAAGAUUUUGUCAAACCAUCUUCUUCUCAAGAUUCACAAUCCACCAAAUUAAUUUCUAAAAACUUAGCACUUGUUGAUCAAAUCAAAUUGAAAGUCUUGAAUUUUGAAGAUGAUAUUGCAUCUCAUAUCAGUCAUUGGUCAAAUCUCCCAUUUUUAAGUCGAGUUAUUGUGAUUUUCCAAAACGAAACAACAGCAAAGAAAAUAUUUGAAUUUUUAACUAAAGAAUUGGCUAAAUUUGAUGAUCAUUAUUCAUAUAUUAAAAUCCAUUUACAAGAGAAUCUUUUACAAAAGAGUAAAUCAUCAGAUAAUUUACAUGAUUGUCAAAAUGAGAAAUUAAAUGUCACUAAAAGUUUAAACAAUUUCAGAAAUUUCCAUAAUGAUCCUAAAAAUGAAUUCACUAGUGAAUAUGUGGAACCAGAACCUGCUAAAUUUAAUGUAUAUAAUGAUUUGGCUAAUUUGGGAAUAGAUUUGUCUCAAUAUAAUAGUGCUGAACAACUCGAAGAAUUGAAACAACUGCAACAAGACCAAAACCAAGAUCAAAACCAAAAAGAAGUUAAAAAUAGCAGGGAUGGUAACUCACAUCUGAAUACCAACUCAUUGCCAGUGCAAUUGGGUCGUAGGAAAUCAACUACAAAGACUUUAUUUAAACCUGAAUUAAAGUUGAAUACUACUGCCAAGCCUGGUCUCCUUAAUGAAAAACAAAAAGAACAAGAUUUUGUAUCGUCCCCUACAAUCACUUUAGAUGAAACAUUUUGA